GUUCCCAUUCCCUCCACACAACUCGUGCAGACAAGACUGGCGAAGAGAAACGUCGAUCCCGCUAGAACAUUUAUUCCAUUGCACUGCUUCGGCGUUGCAGCUACACAAGUUUCUUUCCAGACGAAACUUUCACCCAUUUCGUCGAAUCAUCACCGACUUUGGCUGCUGGAUUAUUGAAACUUGAUCCAGCUUACUUUUUCUCCAAUCAAUCAUCCAAAGAAGGAAACCUUUUCAUAUUUCCGUCGUUGACAUCACGUAAAACUCCACACCUGAAGGAUGUACACCAUUUCCAAAGGACCUAGUCAAAUCGUGGCCAAGACCCGGCGAGGAUUGGCGCAGAAAUUGGAGAGUUUGGACACAAUUCGCGACAUGACGAGGAAGAAUUCCGAUUCGGAUGAAGUGGAAUCUCUCGGCUCCAUGAGCCCACCGAGACCUGUAUUCCAAGCCGUGAGCACGACGAAUAAACGCCACUUUCACAGUAGUCACCGACAUCACCACCAUCACCAACAGCCUGAAAUCCUCACGAGGAGUCAACAGGAAUUAAUCAAAUACGUCUACGACAGAUGGCAGCGAGUGAAUCGAGAAUUGAAAACAUCAACUGUGCCAACUGCCGAGGGUACCUCCGUGACGUAUUACCAAGACGCCAGUCCUAAUCCAGCCCUUCAAGAUUUCGAACCUUUCGACCUGGAGGGAUGGUGGGGCCGUCGUCUCUACCACACGCUGACACAAUCCAUUUGAAAGCCAACCGGCCAUCAGGGUCUCUACACAAAAAACAAAUGCCGAGCGAGCUGUAUGACCUGUAAAGAAAAAAGAAAACCAUUUUCUCAUCACCUUGAAGAAACACAAAAAAGAGAAAGAAGAAACAAACUUCUUGGAAAGAAUCCUGCCGAGAGCACCCUGACGAAGCCGUAGAAGAAGAUGAUUUGAAUGAAUGAUUAAAAGGAAAUAAUAAUAGGCGUGAGUGGGGAAAGAGCGAGACACACAAAUAAUGUAAAACAUCAGGUGAACCGGAAAGUAGCUGCCAUAUCUUUCGUUUAAAAAUAUUUUUAUUUUAGUCGCCACACAUCUGGUAGAGAGAAGAAGAAUCCCUCCCUGUUCUCGUCGUCCCCUUUAGUUUCUCCAAGAAUCCGAUCCACUUAAAGAGUGCUCACGUUACUUGGUUGCGGGCUGCUUUAAGUCAAUCGGAAACGGGUGAACUGUUUGGGGGAGGUCCCCCUCCAUUUUUUUUUUUAUCUUCUCGUAGGAUUUUCUUUGUUCGUGGUUGAUGGUCGGAACUCAUUAGAAGAAUGUGAUACUAGUUGUGGGGGGGAGAGACGAGAGAGAAAGACAUAAAAAUGGAAAUCUGUAGUGAGAGAGAGGUUGGAAGAAAUGAAAGUCAAAUGAGCACCGGAUUUGCCCCCGUUGUUGUACGUUCGUCCCCCGAGUCUUCUAUUAUACUUACGAUACGAUCGGGUUUCUUUUCUUGUAGAGAACUUAUAAGGGCACACACACACACUAAAAACUGGACGGCCAUUUUGACCAACCCUCCGACCUUGGGUAUUUUUUUGUUUUUUGAUUUAUUUGAAUCAAAUGAUUAAUUUUUUUUUUCUUUUAUUCUGGUUCAUUUGUUUUCGAAUGAAUGUGUGAAAGCAUGUCUGUCUGGAGAGCAGCUGAUUAGAUGAUGAUAAUGUAGUUAUGAUUUGAAACAAUAUUAAGGCAUGAAAACAUGUGA